UAUGGUAAAAACAAAUAAAAAUAAAUCAAAAAAUCCAAGUCAGAAGCGGAAUGGUUCGUCUUCAAAAAUUUUUACUUUACCUUGCCAAGUGAAAUUUCGAAUUGUAGCGCCACCAAGAGAAUUAGCUACCGACUGUAAAGAAGGUGAAAUCUAUGCCAAAAUUGAAGGGGCAGUUUGCGACAAAUGGCAAGAGAGUCUACCUAGAAUUCUUGAUGAUAAUUCAAUAUAUAAAGGGAUUAUUAGGAGGAAAGAAAUUGAAGAUAAACUUGCUGAGUCUAUCGAUUCAAUAAAAAAUGGUACAAAAAGUGAUAGUAAAGUUAAAAAUGGUUUAAAAUCAUCUAAGAGAAAAGUAACAAAAAAAGAUUCGCAUAGAAGUUUUAGUACGGAGAAAAAUUUCGUAAAGAAUAUUCAAACAACUUCAACACCCAGAGAUUCAGUUCAUCAAAAUUCAACUUCGAAAUCGGAAGAACAACGUGUUUAUUAUCCAACGCCAGUCUUCAAACUUGUCUGCAAGGAAUGCGAGAAGCAUAGCGAAAAAAUUAGGAAAAGAGGUGAAAAAUCUGUUCUAAAUGAUAACAUUCCCGAAAAAUCAAUGGAGAUUAGCGAUAAAUUGGCUAAUUUAAAUGAAAAAUUCAGAAAGUUACAGUCGAGGGCAGAUGAAGUCUUAAAAAGAACUAUGUCAAGAUAUAGAUCAGAAAGAGCCAAUGAUAGUUCAAAUAUUGAAGAAUAUACUAAACGAAAGGCGGAUAGUGCAUUCCGCCAUAGCAGACUAGAGAUUAGUGACGAUGGUGACGAUGAUGAUGACGAUGACGAGGAGGACCAAGAGGAGGAAAAGGAAGACGGGAAAGAAAUCAUAUGCCUUUCUCCAAGAGUUCUCAAUGAAAGUCCUCUAAGGAACAAAACAAUUGAUUCGAUUACGAAGAAAGAUACUAAUUUUGUUGGUAAAUUAACCUCAUCAUUCACGAAAAAGAAAGAUAAAUCAACUCUCAAAGCCAAUGUCAGAUCAUUAAGACCAUCAAAAGACACCGAGUGGUUUGGUUUGCUACCGGAAGAAUCAUUACAAAAGAACCUUCCCUCGACUGCAUUUGCUCCGCAAUCACACGGAGAUUCCUACGAUGAUCAAGUUAUUAUAACAAAAGUUCCUUUAGACGAUAAAUCGAAAGGAAAUAGCGGAAAAUAUAAAUCUGCAAAAUCUAGACAUCCCAAAUAUUAUGUAAAAAAGAAUAUAGCAUCAAAAACUAAGAAUGGAUUAGCUCUCUCCGACGAAUUAUUACCUAAAUGGGCAAAAAAUUCCCAAAGACAUCGAUCUAAAUUACAUGAAGCCUUAAUAGAGGAGAGCGAGAAUGAUGAUCUAUAUGAAAUAGCCGUUAGCGUUAGCUUCUCAUCAGAUAGUUCAUGUCAAAGAUGUAAGUGGCCAAAAUGGGCAUCAUUUAGAUAA